AUGUCUCUCCCCGAUCCUUUACUAGACAGGUAUAACUGUCCCGCCUUCUUAAGAAACUGCGAUGCGUACAGAGAGUACCUCAUCAAGACUGAUACCCGGGAUCUCAAGCUCCCACCUUACACGACCAACUCUGCUGGUCAAAUCAUUGUGUACCAUGGUGAGUUACCAAGGGCCUCCGAGUUGGUUAUUAAUCGAACGCAGAUCCCUAUCUCGGCCACAACAAAUCUCCAUCAACACAUCAUAAGACAUGGGGUUCAACUCGCGACGAAUACCUCGGGCCGAUUGACCCAGGCCAAGAAAGAUGCUGCCAUCAAGUGGUACAUCUCCCUGCUGGAGGCCGAAAAGGAUGAUGACCAUGAGAACGGCAAUGAGGAUAGCGACGAGGACGAGGACGAGGAGGGCAAUCUGGAGGACAACGAUGAGGAGUAUGCUGAGGACGACGAUGAAGACUAUGAUGAAGAUGAUGAUUGA